AUGGCUGACGACAAAAGCCGGAGUCGAUAUGCUUGCGACUACUGUUGGAAGAAAAAGCUCCGUUGUUCUCGCGAGAAGCCCAAAUGCAAAAAUUGCAGCGCUUGGACGAGUGAUUGCACCUAUUCUCGGGAACCAUCUGACAGCAAGCGUGGCCCGGAUGUACACACCGAGAGCACGGCAAGCGAUUUGCUAGAACAGGCUGGUCAGCAUAGAGACUCCAGUUCCGGACUCGCAGUUCUUCCGAGCUGCUCAGAUACUUCGACAGCCCAGGAUCAACAGCCAGGAUUCGGCGAUGAAACUCACUCCAGUGUCACUUCAACCUUUUCCGACACUCAUAACGUACUCAACUUCAAUCAGAUGCGCAAUAGUCUGGCGGACAUCACCAGUCAAGGCAGCGGCAUGCUUUCUGACCUUUACGAUCAAUUCAAAGACUCGACUUAUGACUAUGACAAGAUUAAAGCCGCUGUCAAGAUGGCCAGACGAGACCAUGAACCGUUCUUUAUCCCGACAGAGCCGAUUGGGGCCAUGUUCAUUCAAUGUUUCCUCACAGUAGUUGAUCGAGGCUACCCGCUCCUCAGUCGGCCUCCGCAAGAGAUGCUGUUUGACUUGGUCUUUCGUCCCUCUUCGGUGGAUAAGCGAGGAUGGGUGCUGAUGCUGAACACCAUUCUUGCCACUGCGUCGACACAGAAUCAACAGUUGUCUGAGUAUACAUUCCAACUGCGCUGGAAUGCUUGGUUAGCUGCGGACGAGGCCAGCCUCUUCAUGGAACCAACCAUUCUCAACAUCCAAGCAUGGACAGUCUUCGCCGUCCAUGGACAGGAUCUGGUCACCCCCAGCCUCUGUUGGAACCUGAUCAACCAGGUUUGUCGCAUGGCUCAGAUGAUCAAGCUUCCACUUCCGUCGGCAUCUGCGAAAAGAGACAGCGAGCUACAUUCGCGCAGCCUGUGCCUCUUCUGGAGCCUCUUCAUCACGGAGAAGUCGCUGUCCCUCUCGUUCGGAUGUCCUCCAGUAUUGCCUUCCGCACUAUAUCGCAAUCUCGAGCUCCCUUCUCCCAAACAGCUCUCGGCAUAUAGACCUCAUCUUUCUGGCGCGGGAACGGACCGUCCGCCACAUGUCGAGUUCUUUGGAGCAUUCUAUUUUGUCCAAUGCACCAAGCUUGCCAUGAUCAUGGGCGACAUGUCGGAUUUCUAUCUUCUCAGCAGUCAUGACCCUGGUCGUCAUCUGGAACUCAAGAGGAGACUCGAUCAAUGGAUCUCUGUCGUCGAACAGGUGAGUAAAUCCGAUGAGAACGAGUAA